AUGGCCGGAACCGAGACCGCCCACACUAUUACACACCACGCCGUCCGAAAUGGGCGAGAAUAUAUUUCUUAUUCGGACGGCACCUCACACACCCGCAAACUCGACCGCGCAACCGGUCAACCCAUCAGCGACUGGGCCGCGGUGGAGGUGUCCGUCGACGAAACCCCAUCAUCGACAUCCGAACCACCGCCAACUCGCUACCAGACCGUCAUUGCCGAACACCAAACUCAGAAUGAGCCUAAGCACUGGUCCCUCUUCUCCCACAUCCCCAACGCUCGCGGCACUGGGCCAGGGCAGGUGUGGCAGGUCACAGGCGAUGCAGAGUUUAUGCAUUUCGAGCAUGCUGAAGGAGUCGACUGGAUGGAGUCGCCUGACUUUGCAUGGCACCAAGUUCUGAGUCAAGAUCUGGAUGAUGCGCAAUUGUUGAGGGUGGACGAAAUUGCCCGGGCGGAGAAGCCGCCGAGCGCACCAAAUCGGGCGGCGGUGGUGGAGCAUUGUCAGGGGUGGACUGUUAGGGUUGUGAGAAGGUUGGUGGAAGAGAAAAUCGUAAAGAGGGAGGGGGUCGUUGGUAUGUUGGAGGGUUAUAUGGAUCCCAUUAGAAAUUGA